AUGUCAUCAUUAGGCAGUACAUUCAUUACUAUUCAACAAAAUAUUACUCGUUAUGUCUAUUCAAGUUGUUUAGUUUUUGAUACAAUUUGUUGCAUUCUAAACAUUACACUCUUAAGUCGACGACAAUUUUGUACAAUAUCCUUUUGUUUAUGGAAGUUCACACAGAAUUUCAAUGUUGGAUCCAUAGGAAUGUUAAUAGCUUUGCUUUUGGAUAUUCUACCAUAUAUUUAUAUUCACUCUAUUAUAAUAUUAACAAAUACUACAUUUUGCAAAAUUCGUGUUUAUAUAAUACAUUCAACAACAGUAGUAUUUCGUUGGCUUUUGGCUGCUGCAUCCA